GGAACCAGGGCAACACAUUUGCAAGUCCCUGCAAUCACAUACAGUAUGUCUUGAAAGCUAUAAAAGCCAAAAGGCGAAAGCACAAGAAUUAGUCUUCAGAGAAAGAGGGGGACUCUUCUUACCUUAAGGCUUCCAGGAGCUCAACCCAUGAUGUUGGGUUACAAGCUCUGCCUUGUGCUGUUUCUGGGCACAUGCACACUAGCCCAGCAAGAUGUUGGAAGUGUUGAGGAACCAUCUCCAGCCUGCUUUUUGGCCAAAAGAUACAGGCACUUCAGAAGAUUUGUGUAUGACUACGAAGCUGAGACCUUUAACACUGUGAAUGGAGCUACAGACAAUAAAAGCGGCCCCAAAGUCUCCUGCACAGUUGAGGUUGAUGUGCCCCAGACCUGUAGCUUCAUCCUCCGCACAACAGACUGCUCUCUGAGCGAGGUUGUUGGCGUUGACGAUGAGGGGAAUCCACUGUAUCGUCCUGCUGCUGGAGCUGAGGCUUUCAAAGCUGCCAUGGAGAAAAACACUCUAAAGAUCACAGUUGAAGGACAGACAGAUGUCAGGCUGUACCCUGAGGACAAUGAGCCCGUCAACAUCCUCAACAUCAAGAGAGGAAUUGUCUCAGCUCUCAUGGUGCCUGUGAUGGAAGAGGAGAAGAACAAUGAAAUGCCCACCGUGCACGGAGUGUGCUCCACCGACUUCACCGUCAACGACAAACAGGACAUUGCUACUGAUGUGACAGUCAGCAGGGAUCUGUCCAGAUGUGACUGGUUCACUGCCCGCAGACAGGACACCAGUCCCCUGGCUCUCGUCUCUGGGAUGAAAUACGGCCUGUCCAAGCUGAUCAGGAGCACUCAGAGCUGUAACUACAGGUUUGACAACCAGAAGAAACACAUGACCAGUGGAACCUGCACAGAGAAACACAUCUUCCUGCCCUUGUCCCAUGAAAACCAAUAUGGAAUUUCUGCUAUGGUGAAGCAGACUGUGACUCUGAGAGCGACUGCCAAGAUCAAUGACAGAAUCUUUGAUCACAAUGAGGACAAUGUCAGGUACUUGCCCAUGGAUGUUGUUGACGACAAAUCCCCAGUGCAAACCAUGGAUGCUGUCGCUGCCACGAUGCAGAAGCUGAACUCUCUGUCAGAGACCAACGAGGGCGAGAAGCGCGCCGGCCUUUUCCGCCAGCUGGUGUCAGAGUUUCGUGGCCUGAAGGGGGACACCCUGAACUCGGCUAUUGUUGAGAUGACAGACAUUUCACCCUCUCUGACGUGGCAAGCUCUGGCUCAGUGUGGUACACCAGAAUGCACUAGCGCCAUGCUCAAGCUUCUCAGGACCUUUGAUGAAGAUGCUGUUGAGGUUGAUGCUGUUGUCUACGCCCUGGGGCUGCUGCCCAACCCUUCACAGCAGAUGGUGAAAGACUUGCUGGCAAUGGCUCAGUACAAGCAGAGCAAACCCAUCAUGUAUGCUUUGAGCAAUGCAGCCAGGAAACUGUAUAAAUCUGAGGGAGUCACUCCAGAGAUCACAGCUGUCUACAACUAUAUUGCUUCUCUUCUGGGUGCAGACUGCGCUGGUGACAAAGACCUGACUUUCCUGACUUUAAGGGUUGUUGGCAACAUGGGAGAUGCAAUGGAGGCCACCGAUCCUGCUAUUAAGACCACCCUGCUCAAGUGCAUGAGACAGCCCGCAACCACUUUGUCCGUGCAGCUGGCCGCCAUCCAGGCUUUCAGGCGCAUGUCUGUGACAGAUGAGAUUCGUGCCAACCUCCAGAGGGUCAGCCAGUAUCCCAAGGGCGCUGUGCAGAAACGUCUGGCAGCUUAUCUGAUACUGAUGAGAAACCCCGAGGACAGCGACAUUGAGGUGGUGAAGAAGCUGCUUAACCAAGAGCAGAACGAGCAGAUCAGGGCUUUUGUGUCCUCCCACAUCUACAACAUCAUUUCCUCAACUGAUUCAGAGACCAAAAAGCUUGGGGAGAAAAUAAUGGAUGCCCUGCAGGACACAGAAGUUUCUACACACAGCGACUACACCACAAAAUCUCGCAACUAUGAGCUGGGAAUGGCACAUGAGAGCAUGGCGGCCAAAAUUCAAGGCAAUGUCAUUUUCGAUCCCAGCAGCACGUUGCCAAGAGAAGUCUUGCUGGAAACUACCCUGAAUGCUUUUGGUUACAGCAUGGAUAUUUGGGAGGUUGGCAUGGAAGGAAAAGGCUUUGAGCCAACCAUUGAGGCUCUGUUUGGCAAGAAUGGAUUCUUCCCUGACACAGUGUCCAAGGCUCUGUACUGGGCUGAAGAACAGAUGUCACCAAAGAUCAAGGAAGUUCUGGAGAAAUGGGUUGCUCCACUGAAAAUAGAGGGGCAAAAGGCUCCUGAAAACCUUGCAACAGAAAUUGUCCGCAACCUCAACAAGCUGGUAAAAGACCUGCAGAACCGAGAGUCCCCAGAGGCCAUGGCCUACCUGAGGCUAAUGGGAGCUGAGCUUGGCUACAUCAAGACCAAUGAACUGAAGUCUAUUGCUGAAAAUGCAAUGAUGUAUGCAAACAUUUUCAUGAGGAUAGUACCUACAAAGGUCAUGUCUAACCUGAUUUCAAGCACUCGCAAUGAGAUUUUUGCCCAUUACAUCUUCAUGGACAACAAAUUCAUGAUGUCAACAGCAUCUGGCUUGCCUCUGACAUUUGCUCUGUCUGGCACCUUUGCUCCUGGUGCAAAAGGAGGUCUUCGCAUGACUCCAAACAUGGAGCUGGUGUUCAUGCCCGCAAUUGGGAUUGAGUUCAUGACUCAGAUGGGAAUCCAUGUGCCUGAAUUUGUUGUCUCUUCAGUUGAGAUGCACACCAACAUGUACCAUGAGAGCUCUUUCAAUGCCAAGAUCACCAUGGAGCAAAACCAGGUCAAACUUUCCAUCCCUGCUCCACAGGGCACCAUGAAAUUCUUAAGAAUCAGCAACAAAGUUAUGAUUGUGGGUGCUGGACACGCUACAGUGAUCCCACACAGACUAGCCGACUCCAGCUGCAGCCCUCUCUUCUCUGGAGUCAAAUACUGCACAAAAACACUUCAUGGUGACGCUCCUGGCAAGACGGCUGCUCCUUACUUCCCCCUGAACGGAGAGACUGAGUUUGCUCUGGACAUCGAGCCUACUAAAGAGGUCUCUGAGUACACAGCCAGUAUCACCUAUGGCGAAGAAAAGGACGGACGCCACAAGGUUAAUUCUGUGAAGAUGACCCUGAGAGCCGAAGGUGCUCAGCCUACUGAGGCUACAGUCACCAUGACAUACAACAGGAACAGAAAUGUCUUCAGCACUCAGAUCAACAUACCUGACUUUGAUGUUGAGGCGGGCGUCAAGCUCGGCAUGACAGAUAGCAAUGCCAGAGGCAAAUCUAUUACCCUCGAGAUCUCCAACAAGAACGUGCCUCAACUCACUCUGACUGGCCGUGCCAAGCUUCAGGCUAUGAUUGAUGGCAUGCUGCAGCUUCAGCUGUUAGUCCCCUCACUCAGGACAGAUGCCACAGUCACUGCUACCAUGAGCAAAGCCGACGGACUCACCAUGGAGAUCAGAAGUGAUGUCAAGCUCCCAGAGAUCUCCUCCAUUCAGGCAGUCACCUUCAAAUAUGGCGAAGAGCAGGCUGAGGUUCAGCUGAUGUCCAACAUGAAUGCUGAAACAAAAGUCCCAGUGCAUUACACUAAGGUCGUCCAGGCCUGGCUGAGGAAGAUUGCAGAGGAUGUUAUGGACCAGCGGGUUAUCGAGACUGAUAUGAAACUACGACACAUCCUCAACAAAGGAAUUGAGGCCAGCAAUAUCUGGAUGGACAAAGUCUCAGCUGAUUGUCCCUACAUGGCGAGACUGAGGAACAGCUUAGCUAUGAUGGAAAUGCCAUCUGUGCCUGAAAACCUGUUCAUGAACCUUGAAAGCACACUGAUAUACCAGUUCAACCAGGACCGUCUGACUAUCACCAUCCCAGUUCCUUUUGGGGGCAAAUCAUCUGAGGAGCUGAGGAUACCUCAAAUGGUCACCACUCCACACAUUUCCAUGCUGAAGUUGGGCAUAGAUUUUGCCUCACGAGGAAUCCAAAUCCCAACUUUUAACAUCCCAUCUGACUAUGAUCUCACCCUGCCUCUGAUGGGCAUGGUGGAAAUGGCUGCCAAGGUCGACACCAACUAUUAUAAGUGGGAGGCAACAGCGUCUGCUGGUAACAACACUGCAGAGUCUCCUAACUAUGUGGCCAAAUUCAACAUUGUGGCUGACAGUCCGAUCAAAUUCCUCUCAUUUUCAGCUGAGGGAGCAACCAAAAUCACUGACACAGAAGUGGAAACUAUGGAAUUCACUCUUGAUGGUUCCCUGAAACACAUGCUGAUCACCACAGGUUUUAAUGUUCAGGAAACCAUUGCAGUCACAGACAGUUUGAUGUCAACUGGCCGCUACAACGUGCAUGCUGUUGCCCCUGUGGGUCUGGACACCUCCCUGACUAUUACUACCCAGAUGACCCUUGACUCUAAAAAGUUUUUUGGAAAUGUUAACACAAAUGGAAGUGUCACUGUUGGACCCAUGACCGCUUCCACCACCUAUCUCUACACCUUCUCGGUCGACCCAGCGAAGAAAGAAGCAAUAAUGCAGAGUUCACUGAAUGUGAAGUCUGAAGACCUGAAGCUUGAAAACAAGAUGAAGGCAUCAUAUGCAGAGGAAGAGCUUCUGUUUGACUCUAACACUAAAGUGAACAGCGACCCCAUUGUGCACAACACCAAAAUUAACCUUAGGUACAAGGAUCUCAAGUUUACCAUCCAGUCCAGCUCUCAGACACAGGCUAACGAGAGGAUGCUUCGGAGCCAGAUAGAUUUUGCUGCCUCUAGAGGACAGGCCAGUCUCAGAAUAGAGAAUCUAGCUGAUGAUACAAGCAACCGUAUCUACUCACUGCUUACCGGUUCCCUUAAUCCCUCUGGCAUGGAGGUCAACACUGAGGCCUCCAUGAACAUCUUUUCAAGCAUCGCCUCUCACAAGGCCGCCUUUUCCCUGAACACCAAUGGCCUGACCACCAGCUGUACAACAACCGCCCAGCACAGUCCAUUCACAUUUGAGAAUAUUUUCCAUGGUACAGUUGACACUUCAAGUGCCACCAUGUCUCUCACAACAAAAGGAGGCAUUAAAGAAAACAAAGCAGAGCUCACCAUUAGAGGCAAGAUUGCAACCACAGAAGUCUACUUUAACAGCAACUUUGAGGCUAACCUCUUUGAUAUUAACAGCAGGAACAGAGUGAACUUCAGAGUGAAUGAAGAUGGCUUGACUCUCUCUAACAACAUGGUUGGAUCUUUCAAGGAGAUGAAGACUGAAAACACAAAUGCACUGUCUCUUACACUGAGAUCUUUUACCCUGCAGUCCAAGACUGACAACUUGCUUGACAGCAGCAACUCUUACAAGCAUGACAUCACAGUCAACAUGGGCCGUUCUGCUGCCUCAGUUAUUGUGAAAAAUGACCUGAAGAUAAUGGAGGUUAGCUUCGUGAAUGAUGCCCAGUUCAAGGCAGAGCCCUACAACCUGGAGCUGACUGGAACAGUGAUGGGAGCUUUCUCAGAGGAAGAGCUCAGACACACCUAUGAAAUCAAGUUUAUUGACAUGGUCCUGUCUGCAAAGUAUAACACCAACGGUAAACUCCUGGGAACUCAAAUGACGCAUACCACUGAUAUCGAGGUUGCUGGCCUGACCAUGAAGUUCAACAAUGUGGCUAACUUCAACUCCCCAUCUCUUCAUCUGGACAGCAAAGUUGCAACUGUGGCUGCACCCUUCACCCUGAACAUUGAUUCCAUUUUCAAUUCAAAUGGUGCAGUGAAUCUGUAUGGAAAGCAGAGUGGCGAAUUAUACAGCAAAUUCCUCCUGAGAGCACAACCCAUGUUUUUCACACAGUCAUUUGAGUACAGAGCUUCAACCACACAUGAACUAGAAGGCAGACCAACCAUUACAACAAAUAUGGACAACAAGUUCAGCAGCAUGCUGAACCUCCAAGAGCAAAGUGUCGCGCUGAAGGUGACAUCUAAAGUAAAUGAGCACGCCUUUGAACAGGAAAUGAGUGCCUACAACAAUGCAGAAAGAAUGGGUGUUGAAAUGGCAGGAGCAGUCUCCACUCUCCUCUUCAGUGAGUCCAGUCAAAAUUAUGCCAUCUCUGGAUUUGUGAAAUAUGACAAGAGCAGUGACAGUCACUCUCUCCAGAUCCCAUUUAUUGAGCAUCUGCCUGCAUUCAUUGAAAAGAUGAAGAGCACAGUGAUGGUACUGAUGGACAACAGCAUUGAGAUGCUAAAAGACAUCAACAACAGGUAUGAGAUCAGUGCCAAGUUCCAGCUCAAGGUGGCAGAACUAAAGGAGGCCAUUAACAACUUUGACUUCAACCUGUUUGUCCAAGACCUGAGAAAAUUCAUCAGCUCAAUGGAAAACUACAUCACCAACCUGACACCCAAGCUCCCAACUGAAAAAGUCAUGAACAUACUGAAAUCUAUCAAAGACACCAUAAUGGUUUGGAUGAAGAAACAUGACAUUGAGAACAAGUUCCAAGUGAUUUAUACCAAAAUUGAAGAGAUUCUCUCCAGCUUUGAAGUUGAAAAAAUGAUUGGAGCCUUCAUGGAUGAGAUUGUUAAAAUGAUGAAGCAGUAUCAGGUCAGAGAAAAGAUUCAGCGUGCAUUUGAUGCUCUCAGGUCAAUUGACAUUCAGCCUGUGAUGAAAAACAUAAUGGUACCUGUUCAGGAGCUGUUGAAUGAGCUAUAUGCCUUUGACUUCAAACAGCUAAUUGAUGACAUGAGUGACUAUUUCAUCAGAAUGAUCCAGAAAGUAAGGUCCUUUGAUUAUGACACCCUCACUAUGGAGCUGAAAGAGAAAGUGGCAGAAAUGAGCAAGAUCCCCUGUUUUGGAAAACUUUAUGGAGAGUUCAGAGUUAUUUCACCUCAUUAUAAACUCACAACCACUGCUGACCUGGAGAACACCACAACAAUUUCUGAUACACCAGAGUUCAAAAUGAACCUCAUCUCAAAGACUACAUCUACUUUGCGAAUCCUUGACUUCACUGUGGAAGCCAGUGCACAUUUAUCUGUGCCCAAGAUGAGUCAUGUGUCCAUCUCUGAGCUCAUCAAGGUUGAUCAGUCGUCUUUUGAACUUGACCAUAAGGGUCAAAUGACCUUCUAUGGUCUGACAGCUGAAGCUUCUGCUGAUACUAUUGCAGCAGCAAAAACUGAGCUCUACUCUGCAACCCUUGUUAACAAUGCAGUCUUCAACAUGGAAAAUGGAAUUUCAACCACCGUAGUCACUACGUACGUACAUGGCAUCAACAUGCCUGCCCUUAACAUCUUUAGUGAAAUGGAGAUUAAAGAAAAUGUAGUUUUCCUGCUUAAAGAUGGCUCCAUCCAACUGACCUUUAACAAUGUGGCCAGAGAAAAAUAUGCAAUUCGGGACUUCUCAGAUGAGGCACGCCACAAGAGCGACUUGUCAGUGGUCAUGGAUUUCCAUAAAGCCAAAAUGAGUUUCACUGGAACAACAGACAGCAAGUUUGUGAAAAUGAAUCAGAAUGUUGGUGCUGAAAUAUGCAUUUUCAGCCACGUAGUUGUUGAUGCCAAGGCUGAGACUGAAACACCUUUCAUUAAAAACAGCGUUGCAGAACUCAAGUUCGAGGCAAAGGUUGAAGACAUGAAAAUUGAUUUCUCUGCCUCUCACAGUGCACAGCUGGUUGGUCAGGUUGAAGGAACUCUCUCAAACUCAGCCCUUGCUCUGGUCACACCUAAUGAGCUUAAGCUUGAUACCAAGAACACAGCAAAUACCAAAAUUGCCCUUCCAUUAAAGCUGUCUGGAAAGAUAGAUCUCCAGAAUGACAUUGCUUUCACCGUGAACACCGAAGUGCAGCAGGCUAGUUGGACAGGUCUGGCUAGAUUCAACCAGUACAAAUACUCCCAUUACUUUGCUGUGGACAACAGAGAAACAGAAAUUAACCUGUAUUCCCAAAUCAAAGGAGAUGCCAAUCUUGAUGUAUUGAAGCAGCCUAUCACCAUUCCUGAAAUUACCUUGCCAUUUGUUGACAUGAAGACAACAAAAGUGGAGGACUACUCACUGUGGGAAGACACUGGUCUGGGCAAUCUACUAAUCACAACACAGCAAACAUUUGAUAUGAGCUCCAAGCUGAAGUACACUAAGAACCAUGAGUUGAUCGCCAUUAACAUCAAUAUGGAUCCAGUCAUCAAUGCGUUUAACACCAAUUUCAAGACACUGCACAAGAAAAUGAUGAAUGGCAAGGAUAAGGCUGCUGCCAUACUCGCUACAUCAUAUGACAAAGCAAAGGAAGAGUAUGAAAAAUAUAGCACUGAGUUGCCUAAAACUAUUACUGUCCCUGCCUAUAAGGUUCCCAUGAUGAACAUUGAGACAUCAACAUUCACAAUUCCCCUGCCUGACUUCACCCUCAUCACAAUGCCCACUCUGCGUGUGCCCUCUGCCCUGCGCAAGGUAACUCUUCCAAAAAUCACCCUGCCCAAAAUUCAGAGCAUCAAGAUCCCAGUUAUGGGUGAUAUGACCUAUGAGAUCUCCAUGAAGACACCAAUGAUCACUCUCAAGACUAACGCAAGCAUCCUAAAGCAGGACAGCAUCGCCAUCAAACUAGAUGCUUCUUCAACAUCUGAAUUUGAGAUCCUGAAUGGAAUGAUUGAGGGCAACACCAAUGUGAACGUGAUGGGUGGAUUUAAAAUGGCCUCUCUCCUCAAUGUGAAACAUUCAAUGCUAGAGGGACAUCAUGACAGCACCAUCUUCUUAACUACUGAAAAUGUAGCUAUCGCCAUCACAAACACAGCAAAGGUCAACAUUCUUGACCUGACCAUGGAAAUCUAUGAGGAGAUUACUGGAAAUCCAGAAGAAGGCCUUAUUGUCUCAGUUUCCAAUCCAUCUGCAGGACUCAUUGCAGUUCAGAUGCAGGCUAAGCGACCGGCACAAGUGAAAGCAAGACUCUAUGGUCGUUACCCGUCUGAGCCAUCCACAGACAUUGAUAUCUUGGGUCUGAAGAUGUCUGUGAUCAACUCUGAGAAGCUGAACCUUCAAACAACCUGGAAUAUGGAAAUACCAUACGAGAUGAUGCUCGGAGCGAAGAAACAGGUGCCUGCGGUCAUGGAAAUAGUGUCUGAAUCUGCUGUCAUAACAUACAAGGCGGUCAACAAACAAGUUAGAAGACUAGAAGGUUCCUUUGCACAGGCUAAAAAGCAGGGUAAUGUGAUGUUCAAGAGGGCUAUUAACAGUCUUGAAUCAGUAAAAUCUUGCAAGAUUGUGACCACUGUCACAGAUAAUACUGUUUUAAUCCUCGAAAACUACCAGAAGAAAGUUGAAAAGUUCCUUGAUGCUGUUGUUAAAUUUCUGAGAGAGACUAGGUUCCAGAUUCCUGGCUAUAAAGAGAAGCUGUCUGGGCUUGAGGUCUAUCAGAAAUGUACUGCUUUUGUUGCUGAUGUAUCUGAAGAAGCAAUCCAUAAGAUUCCAGAGUACCUUUCUUCCAUGUUUUCAACGGCACUUGAUUAUUUCCAAGCCACUGAAUUCACCUUCCCAGGUUCUAAUCGCAUCGUCAGUGGAAAGGAAAUUCUUGACGAUAUGUUGGUAGCUUUAAAGAAAAUCCAGGAUCAAGUGGUUGUUACUGUGAGAAAAUUUAGAGAUAUCCGGCUGGAGGACAUUGUAAAGAAAUUAUCAGCAAUCAUGCAGUUUACCAUCCAACAGAGUGAGAAGCUUCUCCAAACUCUGAAAUCCCAGAAUCUGGAGACACUUUCUGACUUUGUGAGUACUGCAUACAACGAUGCCAUGAACUCUCCUGUUCUGGCUGGCUUUAUCAAGCCGGUUGAAGAGGUCUGCAGAGUUGUAAUGGAAUAUCUAAAAGCUGUGACUGCUAAACUCCAAAAUAUUUUGGCUGACAUAUCUAGUAAACAACUCACAGCUGACAUCCAGUCCUGGAUUAAUUCAAUGGUGAAAGGCAUUAAUACUCUGCACAACAAUGCCAUUACAUCCCUGAAGGAAAAAAGCAAAAAUGUUGAAAAAUAUGUUAGAGUAAGUGACCAAAAAGUAGAGGUUGACAUCCCUUUGCCAUUUGUUGCCAAAUUCAACUAAGCAACCAUAGCUAACAAUGAUAUAGGAUAUAGUGUCUGUAUUGACUUUCUGUGUUUUGUAACCAAUGGUGUAAUAGUGAAUCUAUUUUCAUAACAGCAAACCAAACUGAGCAAUAAAAAUUAUGCCUGUAUAAUGUUUGUUCCUUUGUUUAUUAUUUCACAACAGACGCCCAGUGCUCCCUUUGUGUCUUGUACUAUUUAAAACAAAAGCCCUGUCUGGGUAUCAAUAAAUACAGUUUGUACUGCA